AUGUGUAAUGACAAAAAAAAGAAUAACAGUUAUGAAUAUAAAGUAUUGAAUAAUAAAUAUGAAAAAAUAUAUGAUGAUAAUAAUAAUGACAAUAAUAAUAAUAUUGAUGAUGAUAAUAAUAAUAUUAUAAAUGAUAACAAUGUUGUGUAUGGAAAUGAUGAGUAUGAUAAUAUAGAUAAUAACAAUAAUAUUGAUGAUUUGGAAAAAAAUAAUAAUAAUAAUAAUAAAAAGAAUAUAAAACAUUAUUUAAUUGAAAAUUUACAAAAUAAAAGUUUAUUAUUAAAUAAUUUCUCUUCAGUUGAAGAAAAUAAAUUAUAUGUAAAAAAUAUAAAUGAACAUAUAACCAAAGAAGAUUUUGAAAAUUAUUUUUCUAACGUAGAUGGUUAUAUAGAAACAAGGUUUGUUGUAGAUGCAUCUAGAACUUGUAGAAAAUUUGCCUAUAUUGAUUUUGAGAAUAAAACAAAAGUUUUAUCAUUUUUAGAUACACUUCAAAAUAGUAAUAUCGAAAACUUUAAAACAUUAACAUUAAAUAAUGUGGAUCUUCUUGUAUCAAUAUCAAAACCCAAGAAAUCUCUAUAUGAAGAAAAAAUUGUGUUUAUUAAAUUCACAAAGUGUAAUAUUAACUGUGAUAUAGAUAUAAAAGAAAAAAUUUCUGAAUUUUUAUUGAAACACACAAUUGAUGUUCUGGAUAUACGGCUCCUGGGAGACACUACAAACAAACAUGGAUAUAUUGAAUUACAAAAUAAUGAAGAUGUCAUAAAAUGUGUUGAUAAUAUUAAACUAGGUAAAAUAGACGAACUGGAAUUUAAUUUAAAUUAUUCAAUACCUAUAAUUAAAAAAAAAAUUAUUCCUGAUAUUGAAAAAAUAAAGAUGAAUAAAGAAAAAAAUAAACAGCUUAAAGAAGAAAAGAAAAAAGAAAAAGAAUGUUGUACUAUUGUAGUAAAAAAUUUACAUUUCAAUACAAGAAAAAAUAAACUUCAAAAUAUAUUUGGACAAAUAGGUGAAAUUGAAAAUAUUUAUUUAAGUAAAAAAAUAUCAGAAAAUAAUAUAAAAAGAAAUAAAGGUUAUGCAUUUAUAACAUUUAAAAAUCCAAACGAUGCAACAUCGUCUUUAAUACUUAAUGAUAUUAUUAUAGACGGACGUAAUAUAUUAAUAUCUAAAUUUACAAAUGAUAAAGAUGGAAUAUAUCUACAUAAUCAAGAUAUAUAUAAUCAUAAUAAUACAACAAAUAAUUAUCAUUAUAAAAAAGAUAGAAAACAAUACCUUGAAAAAAAAAGAAUAAACUUGAAUAAAACAAAUGAUAAUCCUACGCAAAAUGAAAAAAAAAAUGAUAACCAAACAAUAGGUAUGACAAAUGAUGAUUUUAGAAAGCUUUUUUUUAAAUCAUAA